AUGACGCCGCCAACCACUGCUCCGACUUAUCCAACGCCGCCCACUAGUGGAUACAACGUUACUUUUUCGAUGUAUCUGAUCGAAAGUAUGAUGACGAUGGAUAUGAGCAGGUGUUAUUAUUUGAAUCAGACCAAACAAAUUGUCUACGAAACCUUAAAAGGUCUGGACGACUCGGUCGGAGUCACAUUUUUAACGUAUGGAAAAACGGGAGAAUCGGCCUCGAUGACCGAUAUGAUGUCCCGAGCUCAAGCUAUGGAUGCCGUGAUGAAAAUACAAAUGCACGGGAUGAUUAUGGUAGCCAACGAGACUGCUGCCAUGACAGUCCUCGCACGCUCGAAAAUCAGUAGUGAAUUGGUCCAUUUUGUGCCGUGUGCAGAUAUGGCCAUAUCACUACUGGCUUCCAAAAAAAUGUCGACAGAGUUGGUCCACUUCGUCCCGUGUGCUGAUAUGAAGGGAAAACCCGACCCACAUGGAUUGUUCGAUACUGUGUCACUACAAAAACUUCUACUGGUCUCUGCUGAUAUGAAUAAUGAUGAUAUAAUUGCAUAUUACCAAUUGAAACAAAACGAGACGAUUCUGGAUCAAAGUGUUGCUCAAGCGGACCUGGCGAAGUUGUUAGAUCAGAAUUUGCCACCGGCUGUAUCUACAACUACAACUAUGGGCAUGCAAACGACGACCUCAGGAACUACCUCAUCGACGAAGAAAACGAAAAGCACGGCCGGGACUGGAUCGACUGCGACAAGUACUGGUACCUCAAGUCUCGCGACAACUUCCAAAACUAAGGCCACGAAAACUACGACAAGCCCGAAUACGCCAGAACCUACGUCGAAUCUACCACGUUGUCGCACCCUGUUCAUCCUGGAUGGUAGCAACAAGGCUGCGAACGACUUCAACCUCCUCAAAGCCACCUUCAUCAGCGCCGCCUCGGUGGCGUAUAACUCGACCGAGUUUCAAUUUGCCGCUAACGCUUGGGUUUACCAAGACCCACUUGUGGACCUGAAACUACCGGAGAGCUUUAUCUACAACGAUGCAUCUUUUACAACGUUGAUUAAUAGCUAUACAUUUAUGGGAGGUCCAGACUCCGUCAUACAAGCAGUCAAAGCCUUGAAUGAUUGGGUGCUGCAGGACGCUGUUAUUGUGCUUUAUACAAACAGUGACCAAAACGCCAUCAACGAGGCCGGGAAGCUGUAUGACAGACAGUCGCGUACGGUGGUGCUGGAGGGAACGACCACGCCACCCACCACCCCGCCACCUGCACCCUGUAAAGCACUGCUCAUACUCGAUGGCACCUCUUGGGUAUCUUACCCAGCUUUUAACGGUGAGGGCUACCAGAUGAUGUUCGGCGCUGGCAACAUCUUCAAGGAUCGUAGUUACGCUUUAUCGGCAAACGCUUGGCAGUAUAAUGGAUGGGAGAUAUCACCCCCUCAAACGUUCGUCUCGACCAAAAAUGAGACUCAACAAAUCCUCGAGGACAUGAUCCGAUAUGAGUUCAAUGCUACCUUCAACUCGGAUGUCCUGCAGGCUACGACCUGGUUGAAUGUUUGGCCUGUUGAUGAUGUGGCGAUUGUUAUGUAUGUGAAUAGUCCGCAGGAGAUCAUUGACAAAGCGGUGCUCAACUACAAACGCAAAGAUACGACAGUUAUUGUUGCGAUGGGAGGACAAAACCUAUCCGGUCUCGGUGCCGAGGUGGUAAACAGCAAUGCCGAUUGGAUUGCCUACGGACUAGGCAAUAUCUGCGCAAAGUUGAAUGGUCUACCUCCCCACAUUCCACCCUCGCGCCUGGCCCGCCGUGUCGAACGCUAUAUGUCGUCGACGGGACUAGUUUUCGAAAAACAGAGGGCAACGAUUCGGGACUCCGGGAAAAUUCUAUACGACUCGAACAGCUACGCGUUUGGUGGUAACUACUGGGUGUAUGGAGGGAACUUCCGGCCCGCAGACGUUCCCCUAACUUUCUAUGCAAAUGAUGUUGCAUUCGGUAAUGCUGUGCAUGGUAUGACAUCCCCAGACGGAUUCACAACCGGAAAUAUAGAAAUCUUACAGCCGAACAUCAACAAUGCCGGCAAGAACUACACGAGCCAGUGGCGAACAUUGGCUGUUGGGUUGAGAGAUAAAAUGGAUCUAAGUAUGAUUGGAAAAGCGUCUUCAAUGGAUCCAGCGGUACUCGGAAAUGAUCUCCUAGGAAUGUGUCAGCAGCUACAGGGAUGGACGACACACCCUACCACUCUUCCUCCUACUACGACGCCUUGGACAACACAGCCACCAUUGCCACAGUGUGAAGUGUACUUUAUCCUUGACGGGUCUAACUACGGCAUUAAAUACGCAGAACAACAACGGCAAGCCGUUCUGACGGCCGGCAAGAAGAUGUUCGCCGAACUCGACUUCUACACGAACCUUUGGAUGUAUACAAAGAAGUCGAAGGACGGCGAAUUAUCAUACGGAAUUAUCUAUGAAGAGGGCCGAUUUGUUAACUUAACGUGGGCCCAGAAUUUCACUGGAGGAAGCGAUUCUAUCGUCGAUGCCAUCAAAUGGCUAAACGAUCCACGACUCUAUUCUUGGCCGUUGAUGGUGGUUUUUUCAGGGAGCGACGACGCUCAAAUCCGAAAUGCCAGCUCAACGUUCAUUAGGAAGGAGUUCACGAUAGGAGUUUCAUUAACAGACGCAAGCAUGGAACCGAUGGCUGACCAUAUUGCAACUUUGGAUAAUCUUCCAGACGUUUUAUUAUCCGUUUGUUUGAAUCCGCCUACGCACUACCCGCCACCAGCAACAACUACAACGGCUACACCAAAGUUAAAACAGAGAAGACCUGAGUUAGCUAUACCGGAAUUG